CUGGGUGGUUAUUCGAGUCGAUUCGAUCCGAUUCGAGUCGAUUCGAGUCGAUUCGAGCCGAUUCGAGCCGAUUCGAGUCGAUUCGAGCCGAUUCGAGCCGAUUCGAAUCGAUUCGAAUCGAUGAAAAAUUGGGGUUUUCGCCUUCACAGUUACUUCUGGGUGGUUAUUCGAGUCGAUUCGAGUCGAUUCGAGUCGAUUCGAGUCGAUUCGAGCCGAUUCGAGUCGAUUCGAGUCGAUUCGAGUCGAUUCGAGCCGAUUCGAAUCGAUUCGAAUCGAUUCGAAUCGAUGAAAAAUUGGGGUUUUCGCCUUCACAGUUACUUCUGGGUGGUUAUUCGAGUCGAUUCGAUCCGAUUCGAGUCGAUUCGAGUCGAUUCGAGCCGAUUCGAGCCGAUUCGAGUCGAUUCGAGCCGAUUCGAUCCGAUUCGAGUCGAUUCGAAUCGAUUCGAGUCGAUCGAUUCGAAUCGAUUCGAAUCGAUUCGAAUCGAUGAAAAAUUGGGGUUUUCGCCUUCACAGUUACUUCUGGGUGGUUAUUCGAGUCGAUUCGAUCCGAUUCGAGUCGAUUCGAGUCGAUUCGAGCCGAUUCGAGCCGAUUCGAGUCGAUUCGAGCCGAUUCGAAUCGAUUCGAAUCGAUUCGAAUCGAUGAAAAAUUGGGGUUUUCGCCUUCACAGUUACUUCUGGGUGGUUAUUCGAGUCGAUUCGAUCCGAUUCGAGUCGAUUCGAGUCGAUUCGAGCCGAUUCGAGCCGAUUCGAGUCGAUUCGAGCCGAUUCGAGCCGAUUCGAAUCGAUUCGAAUCGAUUCGAAUCGAUUCGAAUCGAUUCGAAUCGAUGA